CGCCCCACCCCUCGCCAAUGGACGCCAGGUCCGCUGUGCGCAGGCGCAGUGUUUUGUCGCGCCGCCCACGCUGACUGCAGAUCCCUCUUGGCAGCUCCAGGAAGACAACUUGGACAAGAAUGCCCUCUCCGCUGGGUCCCCCACACCUGUCCGUCUCCAGCCCCAAGUCCCUGCUUGAAGAACCUGAGGCUGCGCGCCUGCGCUUCCGGGGUUUCCGUUACCAGGAGGUGGCGGGUCCGCGAGAGGCCCUGGCCCAGCUCCGCGAGCUGUGCCGCCAGUGGCUGCAGCCUGAGCUGUGCUCCAAGGAGCAGAUGCUGGAGCUGCUGGUGCUGGAACAGCUUCUGAGUACACUGCCCCCCGAGAUCCAGGCCUGGGUUCAGGACCAGCGGCCAGGCAGCCCUGAAGAGGCUGUGGCCUUGGUGGAGGGGCUGCAGCAUGACCCUGGGCAGCUGCUGGGCUGGAUCACAGUACAUGUCUUGAAGCAGUCAGUGCUCCCUGUGACCCAGAAGCCUGAAGAGUCCUUGGAGAGCCCCCGACCCUCAGGGACGGCAGAGACCCCUGGGGCAACCCUUGGGGAGGGUUUGCAAGAUGCCCGGAUGGAGAAGUCUACCCAGCUCAGCUGCAGUGUGAAGGAAGAGCCUGGUGUUGAUAGGCAGGAGCUGGCAGGCCACAACACCCUGCUUCCUGCCCAAUCCUCUAAGGGGCACCUUGGACAUGGAGAACAAGCUUGUACUUCCUUCCAGCCACCUAGGACUCAGGAGGAGUGGGGACUGCUGGACUCAUCGCAGAAGGAGCUGUAUUGGGAUACAAUGCUGGAGAAAUAUGGCACAGUUGUCUCCCUGGGGUUACCAGCUCCCCAGCCAGCAGUCCAAGUCGAAUCCCAGCCUGAGAUACCACACAUGGAGUCAGAGGUCCAUGGGAGCCACUGCCCAGCAAGUGAGAGCCAGAGCCUCUGUGAGGAUCCACCCAGUGGCCCAGAGGCCCAGCCACCCCAGGACUCGGGAGCUGUCACCUGGAAGGGCCAGCUCUCUGGGCCCAGUCCAGGGACAUCGUCUGCAUGCCCUCUGCCCGCACCCCCAGGGGCCAGGCUAGAACCAGGCGCUGUGCAGAGGAAGCCCUACAUGUGCAAGCAGUGUGGCCGUAGCUUUGACUGGAAAUCGGUGUUUGUCAUCCACCACCGGUCUCAUACUGGCGAACAGAGCACAGAGAAGCUGCCCCAGGCUCCCCGGGAAUCCCCUACCCCACACCUCCCACGGCGUACUCUCACUGGCCCUCGGAGCUAUGCGUGUGAGGAAUGUGGAUGCAGCUUCAGCUGGAAAUCGCAGCUGGUCAUCCAUCGCAAGAACCAUGCCAGCCAGCGACGUCACUUGUGUGGUGACUGUGGCCGGGGCUUCGACUGGAAGUCACAGCUGGUCAUCCAUAGGAAGAGCCACCAGCAGGAGGUCCCCUGAGUUAUGCAGAAGGUGGCCCUGCUUUGGAGGCCUCACAUUCCGUGAAGCCUGGCUGCAGCCCCCAACCCCAGCAGUCCACCCGAAUUGGGCUAUCUCAGCGUGGGAGAUGGCAGGCAGCAGGGGACACCAGAGGAAUGUGGGGUUCCAGAGGGUCCCCUCCUCCCCCUGCGUAGCCCGUCCUGAAAGGCCACUUGGGCGUGAAUGGCCUCCAUCCCUGCCUUGGAGUGAGGUCUAGGUUGGGAUCCAUGGCUGACCAGGUGUCUGACUGAUGAUGGCUGUACAGGCUGUCCUGGCUGAUGUGCACCCUGGGUGUGUCCUCAGAGACCCUGCUGCUCUGUAACUCUGGGCCCUGGGGCUGGUAAGGAAAGUGGCAGCAAGCCAGAACACUCCACAGGACACCCAGACCUGGUAAGUGUUAGAAGCUUGGCAUUUGAAGUGGGAUGUUUUGACUGAGUCCUGAUUCCUGGCUUCAGCUGCCCCGAUGAGCCAUGUGCCAUGUGCUGUGCCUGCUUGCUGUUAGAGGCACAGGGCGACUGAACCCAGAAGAUCCAGCCAUCCCCAUCCCAUUGUGCCCAUCACACAGGAUGACCAGGCAGCUUCCUGCCGCCCAGGGACACUUGUCUGGAGUCCCGGGUGCUGACUUGGACUCGGUGCACUGCUCAGUUUCUUGUUGCUGCUGUAACAAACUGGCUAGAGCAACACAUUAUAGACCAUGAAGGUCGGACUCUGAAAUGGGCUUCCGUGCCGAAAGUCCAACCACCAACAGGGCUGGUUCCUCCUUUCAGCCCUGGGAGAGAGGUGGUUUUCUUGCCUUCCCCAGCUCCCAGAGGUCCCCCUAUUCCUUGGAUUGUGCCUGUUUCAAAGCCAGCAGUGUGUGGCCAGCUCUUCCUCUCUCAUCCUCCAGGAGAACGUGCAGGUUAUUUAAGUUUGGUUAGACCAAAGGGCUUGGAUUGAUUUCCAGGGACUCAGGAAGCUGACAGCAGGACCCAGGGCUCACGUCAGUCCUGAGUCCGCGAAGGCCAAGCUGGGAUGUAGAGCAUUGACGUGCAGGGUCGGGUCAGAUGGAGCAAGCUGCAGAUGGAGGGCUGCCCCGAGGCAGGUGGGAGGCUUUUAAAUGAGGUUUUUCAUUUUUAAAUGUAACUUGGAACAAAUAGGAAAAUGGCCCUAAUUGUGUUGUUUCAUGGUAGUGCUCAUUGCAGGGUCCGUAUAAGUUUGAAAUUCCUCUAAUUCCUACUCUUCUCAUUCCCAAAUCUCCUGAUGUCAUUAAAAUUGUACCAUGUUUGUGUUUGGAUGAAUUUUCCACUUUGUGUACAGCAUUGUAAU